GAGCUGUUGACCAGGCCUUACAGAGUCCAAAUGGACACCUGGACUUGUUCCUCCGUUUCCUCCUGGGACUUUCACUGCCGACCAAUCAGAGACUCCUAAAAGGUCUGGUGACAAAGACAGGAAGUAGCUCACAGUCCAAUCAGGAAACAGUUCAGUACAUCAAGGAGCAGAUCAGUGAGAAUGUGUCUGCAGAGAAAAGCAUCAAUCUGUUCCACUGUCUGAAUGAACUGAAUGAUCGUUCUCUAGUGGAGGAGAUCCAACAGUCUCUGAGUUCAGGAAGUCUCUCCACAGAUAAAUGUCUCCUGCUCAGUGGUCAGCUCUGGGUUUCAUCUUAGUGUCAUCAGGAAAAGAUCUGGAUGUGUUUGACCUGCAGAAAUACUCUGCUUCAGAGGAGGUUCUUCUGAGGCUGCUGCCAGUGGUUAAAGCCUCCAACAAAGCUCUACUGAGUGUCUGUAACCUCUCAUGGAGAAGCUGUGAAGCUCUGUCCUCAGUUCUCAGCUCCCAGUCCUCCAGUCUUAGAGAACUGGACCUGAGUAACAACAACCUGCAGGAUUCAGGAGUGAAGCUUCUCUCUGCUGGACUGAAGAGUCCAAACUGCAACCUGGAAACUCUCAGCUUAUCAGGCUGUUUGGUCUCAGAGGAAGGCUGUGCUUCUCUGGCCUCAGCUCUGACCUCCAACCCCUCCCAUCUGAAAGAGUUGGACCUGAGCUACAAUCAUCCAGGAGACUCAGGAGUGAAGCUGCUGUCGGCUGGACUGAAGGAUCCACACUGGAGACUGGAAGCUCUCAGGGUGGAGCCUGCUGGAGGCCGAUUCUUGACUCCAGGUCUGAGGAAAUAUUCCUGUCAACUCACCAUCGACACAAACACAGUGGGCAGAAACCUCAAACUGUCUGCAGACAACAGGAAGGUGACACGUGUGAAGGAGCUUCAGUCAUAUCCUGAUCAUUCAGACAGAUUUGAUUACAGGAAUCAGCUGCUGUGUAGAACUGGUCUGACUGGUCGCUGUUACUGGGAGGUCGAGUGGAGAGGAAGAGUUGAGAUAUCAGUCAGUUACCAAAGAAUCAGGAGGAAAGGAGACACCGUGUCAGCUGCCACAUUGCCUAGCGAGAUGGGGUCUUUGGAACUGGUGUGA